ACGCACAGGUAUACACGCGCCGCUUGUCCGCUUCUCUACCCUUCCUGCUGUGCGAAACAGAGCUACCGAACCCUAACUUAAACUGCUUGGCUAUCUGCAUUUGGAUCUGAUCUAAUUACAAGUUGUCCUUACUAGGUCCGCCCCCCCUGAUUUGAUCCAUUGCGGCGGCGGAGUCCACGAUGUCGAAGGCGGGAGCCCUGGAUCUUGCAUCUGGCCUCGGAGGGAAGAUCAACAAGGAGGAAGUCAAAUCGGCAGUCGAUGAGUAUGAGAAAUAUCAUGGAUAUUAUGGAGGGAAGGAGGAAGCAAGAAAGUCCAACUACACUGAUAUGGUUAACAAAUAUUAUGAUCUUGCCACUAGCUUCUAUGAGUAUGGUUGGGGUGAAUCCUUCCACUUUGCUCACAGAUGGAAUGGAGAAUCCUUGCGUGAAAGCAUCAAGCGUCAUGAGCAUUUUCUUGCCCUGCAGCUUGGCUUGAAACCAGGAAUGAAGGUUUUGGAUGUGGGCUGCGGAAUAGGUGGACCGCUGAGAGAGAUUGCAAGAUUUAGCUCAACUUCAGUUACUGGAUUGAAUAACAAUGAAUACCAGAUAACCAGGGGAAAGGAGCUCAAUCGGUUGGCAGGAGUUAGUGGAACCUGUGAUUUUGUCAAGGCAGACUUCAUGAAGAUGCCAUUUGAUGAUAACACUUUUGAUGCUGUUUAUGCAAUUGAGGCAACAUGUCAUGCACCUGAUCCGGUUGGCUGCUAUAAGGAGAUAUACCGUGUGUUGAAGCCCGGUCAGUGCUUUGCUGUAUAUGAGUGGUGCAUUACUGAUCACUAUGAUCCAAACAACGCAACCCAUAAAAGGAUCAAGGAUGAAAUUGAGCUUGGCAAUGGCCUACCAGAUAUCAGAAGCACUAGGCAAUGUCUUCAGGCAGUCAAAGAUGCAGGUUUUGAGGUUGCUUGGGAUAAGGAUCUAGCUGAGGAUUCCCCCUUGCCCUGGUACUUGCCUUUGGAUCCGAGCCGAUUUUCCUUGAAUAGUUUCCGUUUGACGUCUGUGGGACGCAUGAUUACUCGCACUAUGGUCAAGGCAUUGGAAUACAUUGGUCUUGCCCCACAAGGCAGUGAGAGGGUCUCCAAUUUCCUAGAGAAGGCUGCAGAAGGUCUUGUAGAGGGUGGGAAGAAGGAGAUCUUCACACCAAUGUACUUCUUUCUUGCUCGGAAGCCUCUUUCAGAAUAAGUUCUUGAGAACGUUUCAGACAGAGCAAUGAGGCAUUUUGAAGAAGCCAGGGGUGUGGGGAGUUGGGGCCUCCAAUCAAGAAAAUCCUGUUCUUUGUUGUAUGAAGAAAAUUAGGAAAAAGUGCUGAAUGUUAAGCUUUUCGAUUGUUCAGUUGUUUGGUUGUGUGAGGUUGUCGUCCAGCAUUCGGUCCUAGAGGGGUUGACUGUGCUGUUUACUAGUGCGGCCCAACCCCUCUCCGUCGUAAGCACAGGCCGCUCAAGCCCUCACAGUUCAUGGGAAGCUGCUUUGGCGGGCCAGCGUACGAUGCUUUGUGGGCCUGGGUCUAAUUCUUUCCUCUCCUGGUAGUUGCCUAUAAGCUAGAUCAUUGUUCUUUUCUUCAUGUUCUCAUGUAAGCAGCACUUUUUUUCUCAUCUAGAUUUUAUGAUUUAUUUUCAAUUGUGUAAUGGUCUUGUGGUGAUGCUAUUAAAUUAUCCUAUUCCAAAUUUUGAAUUGUUUUGUAAUA